UUUCUCUUUGUCAUAUUUCUCAAGUCAAGCGGCAACGUGAAAAUUAGUCGUUUUUUCUUCGUCAUAUUGUAACGUUAUUAGAUUUUUCUGUAUUACUUUUUGUUAUCAUAAAAUUCAAAUGCAAAAAUUUAUAUAGUAAUUGUCGUAAUUUCGGACUAAGUGGAAUAUUCUAUAAAAAUACUAAUGAACCUCCCUCCAAGCGUUUCUUGACAUAUUCCACUGACGCCAUUUUUGUCACGUUUUUGCCAAUUAUGAAUAAAUUUACCUAAAAAUCUAUUUGUGUAGCGUUGUUUUAGACAAUUGUUAUCUCAUAUGGUUCAAGUUGCAAGAUGAGCAAACAUCCUUCAAGAAAUAAGAAGCGAAGUCAAUUACAGUCUACAGAUAGUGCUAACAAUUCCUUCGUCAAGAGUGUAACAAGUAAAGUAUCAGGUUUGCUGCCUGCGACUAUAGCCAAGUGGUUUAACUUUUCUGAUAGUGCCAAUAGCAAUGGUUCUGCGCCAUUGGCUGAUGCGACGGAUUCGUCGACGGAGGAUGAGGGAAUGGAAAAUUCUGUAUUACCACGUCCUCCUCCAGCGAAACGGGUGCGAUCUAGUUCAGGAAAUUAUAAUUAUUAUUCCCGCUUAGAGACUGAUACCACUGUCGAAUCUACCGAGCAAUGUAUUCCAUACAACACUUUACAAACCGCACCGAAAAAUAGUACAGUCACACGAGAUACCAAUUUUGUUUCUACACCUCUGACAUCAUCGGUUGAACAAUCCAGAAUGGAAAGGGGUGAAAGUGACAUGUUUCGAUCACCAUAUGCUAUUUCAGGAUCUGGCCAUUCUGUUGUAAUGAAAAGAAAAUCAUUAUUUGAUAAUUCAGAUGCAACUGUCGCCACUGUCUCCAAAGCUCAUGAAUCUAGAUUAGAGAGUGAUUCUAAACGAUCAUCUUUCCAAGCUACCUUGUUGGGAUCUCCUUUCUACCCAGGAAGAACUACAUACGGUGGAGCUACAUCUCAGUAUAUCAACCAACCUAAUAUUACACAGAAGAUGCACGCUCAUGUAAAUCAAUCGACCGAUAGUGACAGCGCCACAAUGAGCUACUCAUCUAGACGCGUUAUGGAUUUACUCGAGGAUUAUUCAUCUCCAUUGAAAGAAGCUCAUAGGAUACCAACAUUUACAUGGAAUUCAAAAAAUAAACUAAUAGUUGAAUAUUCCGAAAACCCUAAUCCCCCAAAUAAUAAAACACUUUCAUACAAAACACGAGAACUACAUGUGCCCUCCGUUGCAUCCAUUUUGAGAUUGAGAAAAAGAUCCCGUCUCAUGGAUACUACAAAUGCAGCGAGACAGAUCUUAGCGUCGCAUAGUAGUGCUUCAAGCUACCCUUAUUGCCGACAGAAAUUAUUUGAAACACAAAGGGACCAAAAUGAUGUGGAUAAUUCCAAGAAGCACACAACAAAAAUAAAAUCAAGACUUUACAAUUCCCAAUUACAAAGCCGAAGAGUGCGUGAUGAAGUAGACAGUACAGUGGUACCACCAUUGGAUUUGCCUAAAGUGUUCUUGCAAAUUGAUCAUAAUAAUCUGCCAAAGUUUACAUUUGGAGGAACUACAGCUUCCAAACCGAAUUUUACUUCCACCCCUAAAUCAAGUAUUUCAUCAUCAACAUCUGCAUUAAGUUGUCCUGUAACUCAUACAAUUACAAAAGCAACUGAAAACACAAUAAGUAAAUCGGAAACUACUUCUGUUAGUAGUGGUUUUAAAUUUUCAAAUCCUGUCAAGAUAUCACUAGAUGUGCCUCAAUCCAUAUCAACAAUUCCUAAGUUCAUAUUUGUCAGUCCCGAGCGUCCUAUAGAUAAACUGACCAUUGAUAAAAAGGAAAGUACUAUUUCCCCUAUUCCUGCAGGUGCAUCACCACCAAAAGAAAAAGCUAAAGCAGAGAUGACUAAAUCAAAAGACUGGCAAUGCCCUGAUUGUUGGGUUUUCAAUAAAACCUAUGUAGAGAAGUGUGUAUGUUGUGGUUUUAAGAAAAUGAAAGUGGUUGAGGAUAAACAGGAUAUACAUUCUGUUUGUAAGACGGUUGAUAGUGAAGCAAAUAAAGAUAAAUGUAAAAAUUCUGAAAAGAUAUCCUCCGAUAAUUUUGAUACCCAGCCAUCAUUAAAGGUUAAUAAUCAAAAUAAAAAUAAAUGUCCAGAUUGUUGGGUCUUUAAUGACCCAAGUGCUGAAAAAUGUGUUUGCUGUGGAGCCUCAAUCUCUAAAAAACCUGCCGACCAAGUGUUGGCAGAGAGUUCCUCCGUGACAAGCAGUGAUUGGACAUGUGAUGACUGUUGGAUCAAGAACAAAAGUAGUGUUGAUAAGUGUGCCGCCUGUGGGGGCGCCAAGCCAGGAGCGAAGCAAAGCAGUACUCCUGCAUUGGCAUCAGGUGCUCUAACUACAACAGUAUUCAAGCAACCAGAUCCAUUAUUCAGUAAUGUGAUGAAAUCACAAUCUGGUAUGUGGGAGUGUAGUAGCUGUUUGGUAAAAAAUUAUAAUGAUAAAGAUAAAUGUGUAUGCUGUGAAUUUGAGAGACCUGGAUCUGUAAAGGAGCCAGUGAAGAAAACCUACAAUUUUGGUAUGAAUACAAAUGUAAUGUUUAAAUUUGGUAUUGACUCAAAUGCUCAAGUGGUCAAUAUUCCUAAACAAGGUGAUAAGGACAAAGAAGAAUCAGAAACAAAUAAUAAUGUUUUAUCUAAAGCCCCUGCUUUUACUUUUGGGAUGUCUACAAAAAAGUUGGAGGAUGGAAAUUCCAAUAUUAAAGAAACUACUGAGGAAAAACUCUGUGAAACUCCAAAAUUUUCAUUUGGCUUACCAUCUGCUACAGCAACAGGAGCGCCGUUGGUCUUUGAUAAUGUAAAUAAAAUGCCAUAUGUAGCUCCUGAUAAGGCUGAAGAAAAAGAGAAAUUACAAGAAGUACCAAAAGUUGAAUUCAAAAUUCCAGCCAGGCCACCACAAAAACGAUCUAAGUCAAUAUUCCGUUCCUCAUUAAAGUCUAACAAAACUCCAGAUAAACCAUUAACUAUACCAGUAUUGGUGCCAUCUGCUGUUCCUGAAGAGAAGAAUGAGGAUCCUUCUACAACAAAAACGGUUUUGCAACAAAGUGUGAUAAGUAGUGAAGGAACUCAGCCGCAAAAUAAAUUUUCUUUUACUGAAACUAGUGAACCCACAGUUCAGAAUGUAUUUGCCCAACCGGCGUCUACGACGGCUACUAUCACAACGUCAUUUACAUCACCACCACAGAUUUCAUCAGAGAUAUCGGCAGCGACAGUAUUCCAGAAGCCAAGUCAAACCUGCACUACUACUUCUACUACGCAAACAUUGUUUCAGAAAAGUGAUCAACAAACAAAUUCAGCCAUAUCAUUGUUCCAAAAACCAGAACCAGUUUCCACAGCUGCUCCGCAAAUUCUUGCCACCACUGCGCCAUUAUUCAGUUUUGGAGCCAACUCAGAACCAAGUACCACUCAGUCUGAGAAACCAAAAUAUAAUUUUAAUUUUGGCAGUGCUAACAAUAUGAAUGAGGGAAGCUCGUUUAAGUUUAAAUUACCUGCAUUUGGAGCAUCUACAGAGAAUGCCAGUUCUACCAAAUUUACAAUUUCCAGUGGAACCAGUAUCGGAACCAAUAAACCACUGACCAAUAAUCCUUUAGUAGGUAAUGGGUUAUCCACAGGAAACUCUCUGGGCAGUACAUUGGCUGGUAACAAUGGACUGCCCACUGGAAACUUAGCUGCCAACAGCAAAGCCACUACUAGUUCCUUAUCCACUGGAAAUGAGUUACAAGGGAGUGACGCUUUACCAGCGACAGCGUCAAGCAUUUUCGGUGCAGCUGUACAAAAAGAGAAUAUUUGGUCUGCGGCAAAUAAUUCUACCUCCAACUUAUUUUCAUCAAAUACAGCAUCUAAUGGUAAUAGUCUCCAGAAACCGGCGGCGUUUACCUUCGGAUCUAGUUCUCCUUUCAACGCCAAUAAUAAUGUGACUCCUGCGUUCGGAAGUAGCACAUCGCCUCCGCAAAACGUGUUCAGUAUGCCGGCCCAGAGCCCAAGUAAUCCACAGUCGUUAUUCUCGACUUCGGUGAAGCCUGCACAGAAUAUAUUCGGCAGUGCGCAAGCGUCCAGUAACCCGGCACCGGCAAUGGGAAUGUUUGGUACACCAAAUGUUGGUGCUGCACCUACGUUCGGUACACCCAGUCCAUCAAUCCCGUCAUUUGAAGCGCCUUCGCUCACACCAGCGCCAGCACCCACUUUUAAUUUUGGCUCGCCACAGACCACCGGCAUCUUCGGGUUUGGACAGCAACAGCAAUCAACACAGCAGCCGGCGUUGCAGACAGGCAUGUAUAAUUUCGGGGCGGCGGCAGGCGGCGCGCCUCAGGUGCAGUUUAACAUGGGCAGUUCUCCUAGUGCGGGCGUCAGACGCGUACGAAAAGCUGUACGCAGGAAUCCCCAGCGAUGAAUCCAUAUCCAACUGAUGGCGCACAGUCCCCAUCACAAUGGCCCAAAUUGCUCGCGGAAACUCUUGUAAGUGUCCUAUCUGUAGUAAAUAGAUAAAAACUCAUGUAAACCUACAAGGAUGACGUACAUUCGGGCAUUCUUCAUGGUAGACGUAUACUAUAAGCUUAGUGAUUAAUAUGUUAGAUUUAUAAUCAAUCAAGUCUAUUGAUUAUGUGUGCAUUAUACUUUAUAACGUAAUAUGUACCUAUAAAAACGAUUAUGAAACUGUAUGUGAUUUUGCUUGUUUUUUUCUUUUUUAUUAUUUUCAUUAUCAUUUAGCUGUAAUAAACACAUUGUGCAUGUAGACAUGUAUAUGCAUGGGAAUGUGACGUGUUCAAAUUUUGAAAUUGUGAACUUGGUCGCCAAGUAUAAGCUCACAGUCAUUUGGGAUACUUUUUUAUUUUUUAUAUUCUUUUCUGUAAUGGAUGAAAUCUGUUUCAGUUAAUACAAUCAUGUUAUGCAUGAUUGAGGGUUUACAAAGUUACAUGGCAGUUUUUGUUUAGUUAUCAACAUGUGUACAGAUUGUUUAUGGGUAUUUCUCAGAUGAUAUUUAGAGAAAUUAUUUUGGUGUUAGUACAAAUAGUUCAUGAAAGUAAUCUCAUAUUGAGUGAAACUUAUCACAUAAUGAGAUUGAUAUGUAAAUAAAAUCGCCAAAUAAUUGUACUAGGGUUUCGUAGUCAUUCAUAAUAAACAAUCAAUUAACUCAUGAUUAAGAAGUUUGGGCAUCCUCAUCUGGUUCGAUUUCCAAGUGUUAUUAAGAGUACUAACUUAUAUUAAACAUUUCCCAGUGUUUAGUAAUCAAAAGUACUAAAACGAAUAUAAAUCAUUUGGAUAUCUUCACGCCAGUACUUAUGGGAUAGACAGACGGAAUCCUAAGGCCGUUAUCCUUAAUUAGUCUUGUGCUUUGUUUUUUUAUAUUUUUUUUUUAUUAUUUAUGCGUUCACGCCGGUUCUAGCAGAAUAGGCAAGAAGAAUCUUUAUUUUUUUUUUAUUUUCGCUGUGUGUGGCAACAGACUAAAUUAUUAUCAAAUGUUUUUUUCAUGGCUUCAUUAUUUGCAUUAGUGUUGCCACAUUUCAGCUUUACAUUAUUUUUAUUUAUUUUCUUUUUAUUGUUUAAACUCUUUUAAGUAGGAAAUCAAAAUACUUUAGUUAUAUUUUCCAAGUUGUUUAUUAUUAGAAAGCACUAUGAACUUACUGUAGUAUAUAAGCCGUAUUAUAAUGUGUAUACCAAGUUCUUGAUUUGAUUCAUGAUCUUAUCUAAAUUGGCGCGGAUUUAGUAACUUGCAUUAUUUAUAGUUUUAUUUCUCAUAUCUUGGGGCAUGCGGUGCACUGCGGAAACUAUUAGUGAUAGAACAAAAGUAUGUUCUACAAUAUUGAAGAAAACAUCAAUAACUACAAAAACUACAUGUCCAACUAUUAUCGUUAUGUCACAAUAACUACUUUUUAUAUUUUAAAAGUUGAUAGAAAUAUCGACCAAAAUUACAUCAUGUUAUUCAUACUUCUGUUUAAAUUAUUAUCCAAAUAAAUCAUACUGUUUUCAAAACUGUUUCAAUUUAUGUAGAUUUCUCUUUGAAUUGUUUAAAUCGGUUAUUCCAUUGAAUAGAUAUUACGAAUUUAAUAAAUCAUAGAAAUAAAAAAAAAAUAACACUGUCGCGUUGUACAUGUUAUUUAUACCUAUUUAUUAGUCCUUAUCCAAAUAAAAUAUUUUUUAUUCAAAAUCGUCUCAAUACCCGCAGAUUAUUUUUUGAAUUUUUCAAAUCGUAGGUAUAUUCCAUUCGAAAGAUAUUAUGUUAAAAAGUCAGAUAUAGAAAAAGCGCUGCCCGCCACUCGCGCCGUGUCGGUGUGUGGCUAGCUAGCCAGGUAUUGUAGCGGUGCGGGAGAGGGGUAACUGGGAGCAGACACAUCUAUAAAAUAGGUAGCUGUGUAGGAUCAGAUAAAAAUGUAAAAUAUUGUAAAAAUGUCCAUCCGUGCGAAGCCGGGACGGGCUGCUAGUACAUUCAUAUAUUUAUCGGAAUUACGACGAGCUUUUAUGAAGUAACGAUUGUAAUAGUUUCGGUAUUGUAUGUAUGUUCGGAAUUUCUUAAAGUGUUAGAAUUAUGUAAUUGUCAUUAUAAAAUCCAAUCAAGAGCAUGUCCUGCGCGCAAUAAAGAUUUAGCACCUCAUUAGCCUAUAUAUUUUGUUUCAUGUGACAUGAUAUUCACAAUUUUGAACGUAUUUUAUUAAUGUUUUAUACAAUCGAUAGGGUUGACAAAUCUGAAACGAUUCUAUUAGUGUCUGGGUUUAUCAUCGUGUCUGUCCCGUAAUAAUUUUUUUGCGAUAGAUUAGCGAUUACUGUUUGCACAUUUUAUUAGACAAAAUCUUUUAUCCAUAUCUUGAUUAAUUUUCGAUAUAAUUUUACGUUACAGUGGAUAGUGAACCCCUCGUUUGCUACUUAUUUAUCUUUUGGACUUUCGCGUUGCGCGCUUUUUAUAUAUGAAAUUAAUUGAUCGAGUUAAUUUUAUUUCCAAAUUAAAUUUUUACUUUAAUAGAAAUAUGGUUUAAUUUUUCGAGCUCAUAUCUCGCGAAAGAAUUUUGUUUUAGACACAUUAGAUGGGGAUUUUUUUGUUCUAAUAUAUGUUACAUCAUAAUCAAAGGGUGGUUAUCAAAAUAUGAUGUAACUAUUCUUUAAGACUUAGUCCUUGAUAUAGGCUAUUGAACGGAUAUAUAUUCGUAACAAAGUUGUUUUUAUUAGAUUUGUCUGUUCAAAAAUACUAGUUAUACAAAAUAAGGAGGUUAUCAUAGUAUUCAUUUUUUUUUAUUUUGGAAAAACUCAUUGAUAUUUCAUUUUGAACUCAACACAUAUCAAGUGUCCUAUUAAAAUGCUUAUAACUUAAUUAAAAAGUAUUUACUUGAAUAAUUUUUUUUUAUUUAUUGAAAACUUUAUAUAUUGUAAAUUAUCAACAAAUUUUAAAGUAGCGGAUGCCCAACUAGUUUAAAACUCGAAAGGGGCUCUGUACAUGAGCACGGUUCAGGACUUUGUCGCGAAUUGUACCGCGAGUAAAGCCAACAUAGUAGGAUUCACAAAAGUUAUUAUUCACUAAAAUUCGACUUAUUGCAAAAGUAUAAUGCUCACAAACUUAUUAGGUUAUUAUCGUACCGAUUUAACCGUGCGGCGAUUGGUUUCUUAAAAACAGAUUUUUUUUAUGUAAAUUCUGAAGGACGUAAUAUGUAGUUAAUUUUUAAAUGGUUUCCAAAAAGACAAGGUUCUUAAUUCAUCAGAUUUUUUUUAAUUCUGAUAGUUUCUAACUUUAAUGCUAACCCUGACUGGCUUUGAUAAUUAUUUUCGCAAUCGAUAAAGUUUACUCUCGUGUUGAGAUUAUUGAACCGGCAAUUUUAUGCGAAGCAAAAUUCUGUUUGUCUCGAAGCAAAAUCUCGUUAUAACACUCAAUUACGCGUUCUAAUUUUUUUUUUUAAACAAAUCGUUUAUUUGUCAUCAGAUCAUAUAUCAUCGGCGUAGAAAAAUUGUAUUUGUUUUUAAAUCUUUACACUUAUGACAAAAAUUAUUGGCAAAUGAUACAUAAAUUUCGUGAUUUUUUAUUUAUUUAUUGAAUUAUUUUUGACGUUUUUCGAACUUAUAUAUAAUUUUUUUUUAUUAAUUUAUUUUAUAAACAGAGUAAUAUUAAUCAAAUUAAAUAAAAAAAUGCAAUGUUUGAUUAUGAUUUUGCAAAGUGAUUAAUAUAUUGAUUAGUCACUGCGUCCGAUGAUUGGUGGUUAUUGUAGUCCUACUUUAAGAGCGACUGCAAGUAAAAUUUAAAUAAAAGAAAAAAUAGUUAAAUGAUCUAAUAUUUAUAUAAAAAGAUGCUAUGUUUUGACAAUUUUGUUUUUGAAAAUAUUUAAUUGCAAAUUUAAAAUGUAUCUAGGUCUAUAAUAACUUUUAAAAAUUCAUUGUAAUUGAGUGUCUAUCAACGCAUAUACUAAACAAAAUUUUUACAACUAUGUAUUUUUAAGUGAAAACGAAUUUUUGUGAUUAUUAAUGUACCUGUUCUUGCGAGCUGAAAGAUUACCCGUGUUCUACGCCGCAUUAAACAAACUAGUUUCUAGUAUAAAAGUUAGACUGAUUUAACAACGCACAGCAAUAAUAUUGUUUCUAAAUUUAUAAUUUAUAUAUUAUAAAUUUAAAUAUAAUAUAUAUUUAAUUUUUUUCUGCUUAAGCUUUUAUACAUUAUCUAAGCGUCCACUAGGUUGACGACGAGACUGAGCGGUCGACACGCUAUUUUGCGUAAUGAGGUCCCAGGUACAUUCCUGAUGGAGCUAAUUUAAGAAAUAAAACUUUCUAAACGAGUUCGGGUCAGAGUAUUCUGGGUUUUGCUCUCAGAUAUUUGUUGGUUGGUUUCUCAUAACAUAGGGUAUUCUAGUCCGAAACCGUUUGAAAAAGAGGUUUUAUAUGUUUUAGGUAUUUUACGGUAAUUGGAUGUUGUACGUCCUGGUUACUUAUAAUAUUUGGCUUUCUUAGUUCUGUUUUUAUAGGUAUUUUUUUAUUCCUUUAGUCUUAUUUCUUUUAUUAUGAUCUAUCAAAGGUGUACAGUUUUAUUCUAUCUCUCUUGUUGUUGGCUCAAUUUGGUUUGGGUUUUACAUUAUAUGCCAUCGAAUUUACGCGUAAAAAGUACAUGAAGGCAAGAGGGAGCUCAUUUAAUUCUUCCACAAAAGUAAAUUAUUUUGAAAUUUAUUGUCUUUUUAUCGAAUUUUGAAGAUCUUAUCAAAUUUAUAUUACAAAAUUCGUCAUAUGAUAGGGACCAGAAGGUUGUGGGGUAGUAGAUGGAGGAAAAAAUGAGAAGGAAUUAAAGCGAUCUUGUAGUGGGAUAAGGGAUUUUUAGGAUCUAAGGGGUCUUAAAGAGAAGGGUAGAAACCUUUUAAUGAUAUUUGAAACCGGAAUGGGGGUGGGAAGGUGUCGAAUUAUGAAAUAUAUCGUAAAUGUGUAUUAUUAAUUAACCUAUUAAUUAACUUAAUUAACUAGUUCUUUAACCAAUCAGAAAGUCAUAAAUAAAUUUGGUUACAAAUAAAGGAAAUUCAAAAAUUUAAGGUAAAAAUAUAUUUGUUUCCAUGUUUCAAUUUCAUACAUAUGUAGAAAUACAGUUACAAAAUUAUGAGUUCUGUAACGAAGAAAUUCGUUGACACUAAAAAUCCUAACUACCACUACCCCCCCUCCCCCCUCUUCUCUCUAGACAAGUAACAAAUGAAUCAGUAUAUAGAUGUGUUUUUGUUAUCAAACUCAUGAGAAAUGGAUAAUACUUUAUUUUGGAUCAAAAUCCAUAAUGUCUAAUAGGAUUUAUGAAUAUAAAUUCUAUUAGACAUUAUGGAUUUUGAUCCAAUCCAUAAAGUUUAUUUUAAUAAUUGAAACUGAAUAUUUACAAUUAUUGAAAUAAAAAGAUGCCGGAUGUCUAGUUUUAUUUCAAUGGAACUUAAUGAAAAUUUAAACUAACAAAUGACUAACUCGAUUAAUUAAUUGGACACUCUCUAAACAAAAUUAUAAGAAUUCGAAAUAGAUUUUAUUUCCUAAUAAUUUCUUUCAAAGAAUGUUUCUGUUAAAAUUUCAACGAAACCUGGCUACCUUUUAUUAAGUUCUAUUGAAAUAGACUAUUUCUGGUUCUGCCUAUACGGUAGCGAAUACGCAAUACAAUUUGUUUAGUGAUAGAUUUGUUUGUCACUUGUCUGUGGGGACAGAACAGAUGGUUUGCCCUUUUAAAAAUACAUUAUCUCCAUUACAAGGAUUUGUAAGGGAUGGCCCCUUGCUCAUUUAUUCCAACACACUUCCAUCAUCACAAGUAUUAUUUGUUUUUCUAUAUUUGUCAUUUCUGUUUAGUAAACAAAUUUAGCUGUAUUUUGGUUAAAAUAACAAAGCAUAAAAUAAUCUAGAAAAUAUUAAAUGAUUUUAUCUUCUUACAUCUUAUUUAGACUUUUAUUUAUUUUUAAAUCAAUACUAAAUUUCGUUAAACAGAGAAGAAAUAUCCUAAGAUUAUUUACUAAUUGUACGGAAUAUAGAAAAAUAGAGUAUAUAUUAUUUAGUUCUCUAAUUUCUUUCACAUCUGGAUUUUAAAGUGUAAUGUCUCAUCCAUCUUUAUGGUAAUUGGUAAAUAGCUGACAACCCAUCUAGUGCAUUAAAGUGUAUGGUACAUAUUUACGAUGAGAAGAAGGAGUAUGUAAAAAAAUGACAUUUAACUCAAUGGAAUCUCAUCGAAAUAAUAUAAAGUUCAAUAUUUACAGUACCUAAAUUAACUAAUACGUAUUAAUUCAAGAUUUAUAUUGCUGAAAUGUUACGUGCCGGCUUUCAGUUUUAAAGGGUAAUAUGACUAGUGCAGUAUUAAAUGCGUAGCACCUUGAGGUCUAGAAGUAAUGUCAAAAGUUUUUGGGCCGCCUUCGUUAUGCACGAUCUAGAUAUAAACAAAUGCAAUCUUUGACUCAAUAUGCGAAACUCCUCGAGUUUUACUAGUAGUGUUACUUGUAUAUUCAAUAUGACAGGUUUUGUUUUCAAUUUUCAAUGAACGUAUUUAAUGCGUCUUAUAAAUUUUACAUUAGAUAGUCAACAGAAGAGAGAUCGAGUUGCUGGCUCUUAAAAUUUAUUCAGGGUGAAAUCGUUAGCAUGCUUUCGAGGGAGGGUGGGUACCAUCAGUGAAAUUGAAUAUUUUCACAAAAGCAACAUGGGUUGAAACCGAUAAAAAAUAAGCUCAUACUAAUACGGCGCAUUCUUCUGUUGAGUUGGGUAUGGCGAGUUCGAAAUUUUUUAUCGUUUUUGUGUUUUUGUUUCAUGAAAUUUUUAUCCGUAUGCCUAUACACAAAGACAAUAUAUCUAUUACAUUCUUAGUUUACAAAUUAUUUAUCAUCCUAUAUAAAUUGAUUUCUUCUAAUAACUUUUAGUGAUUAAAAUAGUUAUAAAUUUGAUUUUUACAAAUGCACUACAAAUUAUCUGUGAUACGUAUUAUAAUGUAAAUACCAGGUGGGCAUCAGUUUUGCUGUGUUCAGUAUCUCUCCAUUUUCAAAAGCAAUAGAAAGCUUGUUUGUAGUAUUUUAUGGUCUACCGGCAUGAGUGCUGCUGAUAUUUUGCGUUUUUCAGGUAAUCGAUGUUAUCAUUAUGAUUUUAGAAUAUUUUCAUUUCUAUAUUUUAUGACAAUUUAAAAUGAAAUGAAAUUUAUUUUUCAGAAAAUUAUAAAUUGUGAUUGUAAAGUCAAAAUAGUUUAUAAUUGUAAUGAAAUGUUGUUGAUACACAAAAUACUCAUCCCUCGCUGUAGCUACUUAACAGUUUGUAUAGUUUAUUGACAUGGUGUUUAUUGACAUUUUUACAUCAAAAUUUUAGAAAUAAUAUAAAAAAAAAAUUAUAUAUUUAAAUAGAUCGACAAUAUUUAGAUGCGAUAAAAAAUUUCAUUCGUUGCUAAAACAAGGAAGCUUACCUUUUGAAUAUUUAUCAAAGUUAACAUUGUUGAAUGAUUUUUAGCCGAUUUUAGACUGCUAUAACAAAUAUAAUAUUAGACUGGAUUCAUCUUCGAAAUUUCAAAUAAGGUUUUAAUAAGUUACUUCGAUUUAUUUCGUUAGAUAUGAGCUCACCAAAUCCUCAAUAAUGCGUAAAUAAACUGGUUUACAUGUCGCUUUUAAAUUUUAAAUAAAAUUACCAAGAAGUCAAACUUCUUUUUGAAAAAAGUUACAAGGUUUACAAUCAUAGACAUAAUUUGUUGUGAACAAAAUAUGUUAACUGGUAUUAUUUUAGAUUAUUCAUAAUUGAAUAGUAUAAUAUCUAUUAUGUAUUACCGUAGUUUAGCAUUUAUUUUUAAAUGUAAUGCGGGUUUAAAUUGCAACAAAAUUAGUAUGGGACAAAUGAAAAUUCGAUUAAUUUUAUUGUUAAGAUUACAGUUUGCGCAAAGCAGGUUACACGGGUAGUGGGGUUCGCGUUUGCGCUACGGACGCUAUUUUCUUAUUAUUAGACAAGGAUUCUAGACUAACACUUAAAUCAAUUCGAUUAAUUUUGAUUAAAAAAGGUAUGGUGAAGACCUUGUAUAAAACUAAAUAAAAAAAACAUUCAAUAUAACUUCUUCGAUUUGAAAUCGGUUAAUACAGGAAUAUAGCUCCGAAAUGCUAUGGAAUCCAUCUGAUGCGUAUACGACAUGCUAACCUGUACUAUUUACUAUACUAAUCUACUACUACUUACCCUACCUCCUGAAUAAGAAAGUUGAAAGUAGGUCAUUUCAGACUAACAAAUAAAUUAAGAAUAGGACUUCAAAUAAAUGAGCUCACUGCUCGUCUGUAAUCAUUGGCAAGUAGUAAUUGUUGGUCAAUGUCGAUUAUAUGUAGGUUAAGGGAUAUUCGGCAACCGUACGUUGAUAAAUAAAUAUUAAAUUGAUAAACAUUAUUAUCUUAUAUUCUCACUGCAUAUGCGUACAAAUCGAUUAUUUGGUUUGAAAAUAUGGUUGAACUUGAAAUCUGUAAGCUUAGGAUUGAUAUUUGCAAGUUUUUUUUUUAUGUUCACUAUAAAUGUUUUAUGUGAUACUGUUUCAUGGAUCUUACGUAGAACUUGGGUACCGUUUAGAUCUCGAACUGUUUAACGGCAAAGCCGAAAAAAACAUGUCUGUGCCGACUCGGCUUUCUUUUCAUAUUUUUGUUAUUUUUUUUAUGUUUUUAAUGGCGCAGUUUACGAUAGUAUAUUAAGUUUCCCAAUUAUGAAGUCUGUUUUUCGUUUUUAAUACUUUUAUGUCAAAGUUGGCACAUUCGUAAUAUACUUGCGAACAUAGACAUGAGUGAUAAAUUUUUAGACUAAUAAGGGAUUUAAUUUUUUUUUUAUAAGGCUGUGCCCUUUGUACACCGUGCGUAAUGCAGCAAAGCGCGAGCUCGGACGUAUCGGUUCCUAGAGUCUUGUACAGGUUGCAGCUCUUAACCGAUAACACAUUUAAAUUUAGUUGCAUUUGAUAGCGGACUGUGUUUACAACUUGUUAUUACAUAUGGUCACAAUACAUUCAACUAAUUUGAAGUGUCAUCCACUUUACUACUAUGCGGCGAGAACAUUUAGAUUAGUAGCAUUGGUGUUUUCUUGUCGAGAAAUCGAUGAUUUAUUAUUUGUUCUAUAUUUUAAAAUUAUACGACAGAGAUAGCAAUACUUUAGUUCAAAUGUUCAUUGCAUUCAUUGCAAUCUCAUAAAAGUUUCAACUAAUCGACCCUAAUAGUAAUAAUACAUGUAUGUUUCUAAUAUUGUGAUAAAUUUUUCGGCUUUAUUUUUAAUCGUUUGAUUUUCAUACUUAUAAUCAUCAAUGUAAGGACUAAUAAUCUAACAAAGUAUCUGUUUAUUAACAAAAAGUAAAAAUGUGAUAAAGUAAAAUUAUAAGUUUGUUUUGUAUUUAUUAAAUUGCUAUUAGAUAUGGGGUAUUCUAUUUCCAUAGAAAAACUAUUGACACAUUUUGCUUCUUUCUUUUGAUCUAAAUUGUUAGUGACAAAAUACAAUAGAUGUAUUAUUUCCUUUUUUUUUAUAAUUUAUUUUAUGCAACUUUUAUUACUUUGACAAUUCUGUGUUUCCGCUCCGAUGUAAUACCGUGGCACGUCACAAACACCCUUGUACUAUACUGUCACGCAGAAUAAGCACUGUAUUAAACUAUCAUAUAUUUAAGGAUCAUAGCAAAAUUAAUUAUCAAUUCAUGAAGUUAUUGAUGCACUUAUCAUUUUAUAGCUUUACGAACUCAGGAAUAGCCCAGGUGCGAUCAUUUCGUUUCUACCUUAUAUAAUGUAAUGUGAUCAUAUUUAUUUAACAGUGUAAUAUAUCUCUAAGAGUGAUGUAUACGAUCUUGCUUCUAGUGAUGUUAUUCGUUAUAAUCUUUAAUACUUCUUCGGUUUGCCAUUUUGAAGUUUGUAAACAUAUUUGAAGCAAGGUGUGGUGGCCAUCAUUGUAACCAUUUAAUUCUAUGGUUAAGAUUAGAUGUACCUAUACGAGUAACAACGAUUAGCAAAAUGUUGUAUCACUCAUGAUGCGUUUGUUGUUUGGAACUUUUAUAUAUUUAAAAUCAGUAAUAAGAGAAGAAUAAUAAAUUAUCGUUUUCUACAUUGUGCAAUUGAAAUCAUUAGCAUCAUUUCAGAGGAGUGGUUUUACUAGUAAAACUGAACUUUUCCUCAAAGAAACAUAGUGUCGAAAGACGACAUAUUUUGAGCCUCUCAUACUAAUGUAGCUGGUCUACCUAUCUAGUUAGUAUAGUGGCUCUAAAAUUUUUUUUGGUAUAUUUCAAUUCAUAAUUUUUUGUAUUUUUCAAUUUGGUUAAAAAGUUUAAAUCUCUUAAAAUGAUGUUAAAGAUUAUGAUUUCACCUUGUAUAUAUUUUUCAUAAUAUAUUAUGAAUGCUACGAUUUUUUGCUUUUCAUUCUAGUUUGAGGUUUUGUACAUAAUUAAUUUAAUUUUAGUUACAUUUAUCUUCAUGUAAUAGUGUAAUGUGUAGUCUCAUUUGGACCUUAACAAUGUACGAUUAUAUUUUUAGUAGUAAGGAUUUAAAUAGUAAGGCUUCCAAAUGCGGACUAUACAUAGUCAUUGUAAAGAUAUAUGGUUUACUAUCACAAAACAUUACAAUAAACGAGUAAUGGAACAUUUUGGGGAGCAAAACUAAAAUUGUAUACACGUGUCAGACUCCUUGAUUGUAAGUAAAAUGUUGAUAAAUGGUUGAAAUUAAUAACCGUUGUUUAUAUAAAAUGCCUUUAGCUUUGUUCCUCAAUUAAAACGGCCAUUAAAAACAAUA